GCUCGGCCGCCCGCGCGGUGUAGGGGGCAGGCGCGGAUCCCGCCACCGCCGCGCGCUCGCCGCCGCUCCCGCCUCCGGCUUCCCGCGCCCCUGCCUGUGCGCCCGCUGGCGCGUGCCGCCUACCUGCCGCGGAGACGCUUCGGCCUGAGGUGUGAUCCCGCGCCCUGCGCCAUGCCGCGGGAGAGGAGGGAGAGAGAUGCCAAGGAGCGGGACAGCAUGAAGGAGGAGAGCAGCGCCGAUGUCUCUGUGCGCUCCAGGAAGAGGAAGGCAAAUGUGGCCGUUUUUUUGCAGGAUCCAGAUGAAGAAAUUGCCAAAAUUGACAGGAGGGUGAGAAGCCAGUGUGGCGGUCAGGCUUGGGACAGUAAUGCAGUCUGUGAAAACCCCUGCUCCCUGAUUCCCACCCCUGACAAAGAAGAGGACGAGCUGGUGUACCCAAACUACGCGCCGCAGAGCUUCGCGCCAUCGCGGGCCUCCCCGCUGCCCGUGCUGAACUGGGCAAACAGAGAGGAGGUUUGGAAAAUCAUGUUAAACAAGGAGAAGACGUACUUGAGGGAUAAGCACUUUCUGCAGCGGCACCCUCUUCUGCAGCCCAAAAUGCGAGCAAUUCUGCUGGACUGGUUAAUGGAGGUGUGUGAAGUCUAUAAACUUCACAGAGAGACAUUUUACUUGGCACAGGAUUUCUUUGAUCGAUAUAUGGCAACACAACAAAAUGUCGUAAAAACACUUUUACAGCUUAUUGGGAUUUCUUCUUUAUUUAUUGCUGCCAAACUUGAGGAAAUCUAUCCUCCAAAGCUGCACCAGUUUGCCUAUGUUACAGACGGGGCUUGUUCAGGAGACGAAAUUCUUACCAUGGAAUUAAUCAUUAUGAAGGCUCUUAAGUGGCAUUUGAGUCCCCUGACCACUGUGUCCUGGCUGAACGUGUACAUGCAGGUUGCGUAUCUGAACGACCUGUGUGAGGUGCUCCUGCCGCAGUACCCCCAGCAGAUCUUCAUACAGAUUGCGGAGCUUUUAGACCUCUGUGUCCUGGAUGUUGGCUGCUUUGAGUUUUCCUACGGUGUCCUUGCUGCUUCUGCCUUGUAUCAUUUCUCUUCAUCUGAAUUGAUGCAAAAGGUUUCUGGGUACCAGUGGGGCGACAUAGAGAAGUGUGUGAAGUGGAUGGUCCCAUUCGCCAUGGUCAUACGGGAGACGGGGAGUUCCAAACUGAAGCACUUCAGGGGAGUUCCUGCUGAAGACGCACACAACAUCCAGACCCACAUCAACAGCUUGGAUUUGCUGGACAAAGCCCAAGCAAAGAAAGCCAUACUGUCUGAACAAAAUAGGAUUUCUCCUCCCCCCACGGGGGUCCUCACCCCCCCACAGAGCAGUAAGAAGCAGAGCAGCGGGCAGGGGACUGCGUGACCACGCCCGCAUCUCCACCAAAGACAGUCGUGCGGAAGUGCCUGUGCCGAGUCUCUUCUGUCUGCCGCGGCAGAGGCGAGCACUAGCUUUUAGAUAUCUAAAGGAAGAGCAUUUCUCUUCCGCAGCAGAAGUGUUUCUGUGGAUGGCAUUGGACGGGGAGAAGUGUUUUUUAUUGAAUGCAUGGAUUUUUUUAAUGAGUGGGUCAAGUGCGCCAGCCACCUCCAGAACACCAGUGAGUGCUCCAGAUGCUGCUACGGAGGGCGAUGCUUGACUCGACGCCUGUUCACACAAACAACAAAGGCUUGACGUCGAGGGGUGCCACGGCGCUGGUGGCCUGCCCUCGGUGUUCUGGGUUGUGUCGUUUUAAGUGGAACAGGUGGUUGUGACGUUGUGGUGCGGA